AUGACGAGCGACGAUCAGUUCUUCUUUGAUUAUCUUUCCUCGAUCCCGAAUGACGUAAAGAGAUACUCGUUCCAGGUCGCAGAUUCUAUCGACCGUCACGUCGAACACGCAGCCUCUGUAGUGCGAGAAACGCUUGCGCAACAAUCAUGGAUACCUCCUGCGAUCCGGCCUCCGUCGAGAGAACCACACGGUUUCAGUCUGCCUUCCUCGCCUCAGUCAGUCAUUGGUCGCGUGCGCGACUGGAGUUUCCGACAUCGGGCAUGGACUGCGGCUAUCUUCGCCUUCGUCGGCACCGGUGGUCUCCUUAUAUACGGCAGCAGUCAGCUUAGUGGGAAGAAACGAAAAGCGCGACGAGCCAUUAAUGGGGCGCGGAAAGAAAUUAUCGUUAUCGCCGGGUCGCCGCAUGAACCCAUGGUGAAAGCCAUCGCUACCGAUCUUGAACGCCGCGGAUUCAUCGUCUAUAUUACCGUUUCAUCUGCAGACGAGGAACAUGUUGUGCGAUCAGAGAAUCGACAAGAUAUUCGAGCUCUUUGGCUGGAUCUGACAACGACACCUUCGACGCCAUCAGAUAUCCAUCCGUCUCUGCAUGAGAUCCGGAAUCUGAUAACUCAGCCCCAGUCUCCGAUGCCUGGUGUUCCGCCUCAUACGUGCCAGCUGAGUGGCUUGAUCCUCCUUCCUUCCCCGAUAUACCCGACGGGACCUGUAGCUACGAUUCCGCCGUCGAGCUGGGCCGACACGGUGAAUGCGCGUCUUCUAUCUCCCAUAUUGACGGCGCAGAUAUUCCUGCCGCUCCUCACGCUGCGAAAUACCAACAGCACUAUCUUGUUCCUCUAUCCUUCUAUCUCCUCAUCACUCUCCGCACCAUUUUCUGGCCCGGAGGUCACGACAACCCGUGCCAUUUCAGGAUUUGCUACUUCACUACGACGGGAGUUACGUCUUCUUCGACACAACAACAUAGACGUCGUGGAGAUGCGACUGGGUAGCAUAGACCUCGGUUCUCAGUUCCGUAACACACACGGUCAUGUCGCGGGCACAGAGGUUCUUACGUGGAACUCGCAGCAGCGAGCGCUAUAUGGCUCACCGUAUCUCGCUAGCAUCGAUCACCGUCCCGUGACCUCAACGGGUGCUAGCACCGUGCGCGGCUCACCUGCGAGAAACCUGCACUACGCUGUGUUUGAUGCCCUAGCGCCGCGACAGAAGUCGAUUUUUGGCAAGAGAAAACCUAAGACAACAGUGAUGUAUGUCGGUCGGGGAUCUCGGACUUACGGGUUCAUCGGAGACUGGCUUCCUGGGAAUCUCGUUGGAUGGAUGUUUGGACUGAGAACGGGACCUGCUGCUGGUUGGGACAGCGCUGGUAGCGGUAACAGCAGUGAGACCGGGUGGGAAAAGGUCUAA